UCGACAGUCCAGGCGUUGCAUACUCAUGCUCUCAUCUCGCAGCCCUCAGACUCUCAGUUCUCGUAAAAAGCACGAUGGAUCAGGACCUAAAUUUGGAUCUCGAUGUCUUCGGCGGAUUCAUGGCUAAACCCAUCUCAUGCAUAUCCCUGCUCCACCGCUCGUGUCGGGCGUAUAUACGUACUGCGCGGCGGAGCUUGCAUGAGGAGUAUAAGAUGACCACUCUGGACGCCUGACUGCUCUGGACGACGAUGCGUCGCUGACAAGAUCGAUUGAUACAUAUGCACUUGAAAAGGACGGAUAACAAAAAGCAUCGAUCGAGCCACUCAGGCGAUCCGGCACCUCGUCAUUCAAUCCAAGACCUGGCGACUUGAGACCUACGGGAGUGAAGAGUCACACUGGAACGAUCGGACGGAACGAAAGUACAGACUGGUCGCCACUGCCGACGACGCUGAUUUGAGGCAUAUGCAGUUGGAGAGGACGGACCUCAAGCACCUAUCGCGCUAACUCAGCUGGUCUGUCCUCGUAGCAUCAAAUUUUACUUGCCGUGCCUUGAGGAAGCU